AUGGACGACAAGUUCAAGGAGCAGCCAGGCCCUCACACGGGCGACUACAAGUUCUACACCACCACCGUGCCAGUCACUGUGCCGCUCCCGAACCCCACGACGCCGCUGGCGCCGGCGCCCAAGCCGGUCCUCCGCACGAAGUGGUACGGGCUGGAGAAGCCACACGCACUCCUCUGGCUUUCGCUCGCUCUCAGCACACUCGCCAUCAUCCUUGGCGUGCCCAAGGGCUCUUUACCCACCGUGACCGGCCGUCAUCGGGAGCUGCGGGCUCAGGAGCUUCUCGUCCAAGAGCGCCUCACCCUAAUCAACCAGCUAUCUGGCCUUCUCCCGCCGCCCCUCGCGGCCCUCUUCGCGGUGCCCGACACCUCCCCCACUGCGCUCGACACGCUCCGCCUCUCGCGCGGCCUCCAGCUCUGGCACUCGCGCGGCCACACCUGGUGGAACGUAGAGGACCUCGGCGCGGGCGCGCAAGUCGUGCGGACCGCGCAGUCCUCCCCGUCCUCGGCCUCGCCUCUCCCCGACCGCGAAGUCUGGGUGCUGCGCUCCGGCGACGGCGACGCCCCCCUCCUCGCAGCCCUCACCAACAGCCUGCUGGCGCGCGAGCGCCUCUUCGCUGAGCUCGAGGCGGUGCGUGCCCAGCCCUGUCCCGCCGCGACGCUGUCCGUUGGGGCGGGGGAGAAGCGGAAGGACAAGGACGAGGACGAGUGGCGCGCCGAGCGGCAGCGCCUGCGCCAGCGCAGCGACGAGCUCGAGGAGCGCGAGCAGGACGUUAUCCAGCGCGAGAUGUGGGUCGUGGAUGCUAUGCGCAAACUCAGCGACAAGUCGCACAAUACCGCGUCCCAACUCGAGCUCGAGGACCGUGUUGUCGAGCGCCUCAAGGCCUACCAGCGCCAGAUCAAGACUGAGCUCUGAGCUCUGAGCUCUUGAGUUCUUCGGGCCAGGAUGUGACGCUUCGGCGGGAACCCACCCAGCGGCUUCCAAACACGACGCACGGACCGGCACGCUUCCCCGGCACAGUCACCUUCGCCCCGUCUGCAAUCCGCAGUUCAUUAUUCAGAGUAGAAAAUUCACCGUGCACUCAUCUUCAUGAAAUUGCUUGUCUUGUC